AUGGAUAUAAGUCAAGAUCAAGUAGAUGAAACUCCACCACCUCCACCUACCAAUGAUAAAACUCCUAUAGAUCAGGCCCAAGGCAAACCUAAAGGAAUGGUUGAUCCUAACAAUAAAGAAGAGAUACCUAAGUGCAUUUGUUGUUAUUGUGGCAGUGAGUUCUUCUAUGAUAGUAAAAAGCAUGGAACUAGUCAUCUUUUGAAUCACUUUAGGAAUGUUUGUGAGUUUAGUCGGUAUAAGGUUGAUGAGAAAAAGCAAAAGGCUUUAAGUUUUAAGCCGAUAAAAGGAGGGAAGGAGGGGGAAACAAAUUUAGUUUUGGUGGCCUAUAACAAAGAGGCAUGCAGGCUUUCCUUAUCAAAGUACAUUGUGUUGGAUGAGUUACCUUUUAGACAUGUUCAGGGGGAGGGUUUCUAA